AUGAAACCAUCACCACCAUCUCCAUUACUUCCCAUUCUCCUCUUCACCAUCUUCUUCCUCCUCUUCCCCACCAUUAUCACCUCAGUUUCUCUACCUCUUCCACCAACACCAUCACCUUCUUCACCCUCCACUUCCACUCUUGACACAAUCCAGCUCAAAGCCCUUCAAUCCCUCAACAUCCCCACAUCCAAAAACCCUUGCAUCCAACCAUCUUUCCACAAUGCCACACAAUGUGACUCCUCAAAACCCUUUCGCCACCUCAUUUCCUUAACCCUUUCCAACUGUUCAUCUUCCAUUUCUCUCUCCUACAAUGCCCUCAAAUCCCUCUCCACACUCCAAUCACUUCACUUCCUUAACUGCCCCAUUGCCCCCAUUCAUUUCCCUCCUCAACUCACAUACUCCCUCAUCUCCUUCACCUCCAUCAACAGCCUCCGCAAGAUCUCAGGUGUAUGGCUCUCUCACCUAGCAAAUCUCACUGAUCUAGCCAUCUCAAAUGUCCCAAUAAAAGCUUCCGGUCCUUAUGUUUUCCUCCCUCACAUGAAAAAGCUCAAAACUUUAACCAUUUCAAAAGCCAACCUCACUGGUUAUCUUCCAAAACACAUCCAUUCCAACCUCACCCACAUUGAUUUUUCAUCUAACAACCUCAAAGGAAACAUACCCUCUUCAAUUACCAUGCUCGAUAGCCUAGAAAGUUUGAAUCUUUCUUCAAACAACUUCAAGGGUGAAAUACCCUCUUCACUAGGAGACUUAAUCUCCCUUAAAAACCUCUCAUUGGCAUCAAAUUCAUUCUCAGGAUCCAUCCCAGAUUCAAUUUCCGCCAUACCCGAUCUAACUCACAUGGAUCUAAGCUCAAACCAGCUCAAUGGUACAAUUCCAAAGUUCAUAUCAGAAAUGAAGAAUCUCAAGUACUUAAAUCUUGCUAACAACAACCUACAUGGAAUUGUGCCAUUCAACAUGACUUUUAUCAAAACACUGACAAUGUUUAAGGUUGUCGGAAACAGUAACUUGUGUUAUAACCAUUCGGUUCUGUCUUCAAAACUGAAGCUUGAGAUUGCUCCUUGUGACAAACAUGGGAUGCCAAUGUCUCCUCCAACUGCUAAGGAUUCUUCUGAAGAUGACAGUAGUGACUCAGAUUAUGACGAUGAUGAUGAUGAUGGUAGCAUCCAUAAAAGAGAACAUCAUCACGGGACAAAUAAAUUUGUACUUGGGGUGGCAAUUGCUCUUUCGUCAAUUGUCUUUUUGAUUGUUUUCUUAAUCCUAUGUUCCAAAUGCUGUCGCUGA